AUACAACAGCAAGAGAAAGAAGAAGAUAAGUAGAGUGAGAGAGCUGUCGAAUGAGGAUACAAUGGCGAUGAUAGUUCUUCCCCAAAUUUCAUAAAUACAUACAUACAGAAAACCAGUAAUGGAGCUUAGCCUUCAACGCAUAUCCCCGGCUCUUCCCAACACUCUUUUCCUCUUCUCUCCACACCCUUCCUCUCUUUCCGCCUUCCCCUACAAUCUCCGCCGCCAAUUUCAAUUCCACGCCGUCUCCUCUUCCUCUGUUAGUUCGCCGCCCAAGCAGUUGCUCUGUUCUCUCGGUGGAAGCCAAUUCAAACAAGAACAAGUGGAAGAAGAGGAGGAUGGCUACGGAACGUCAGCGUUUUUGUCGUUGAGCUCCAAGCCAGAUAGGAACAUGGCGAUGUUAGACGAUUAUGAGAUGGAGGAAUUUGAUUAUCUUUCUGACCCUAAUCAUCGCAGUGGAUAUGUAGCUGUUGUAGGCAAGCCAAAUGUUGGAAAAAGUACACUUUCAAACCAAAUGAUCGGGCAAAAGCUCUCAAUUGUAACGGAUAAGCCACAAACGACAAGACAUCGAAUUCUUGGUAUAUGUUCCACCCCAGAGUAUCAGAUGAUACUAUAUGAUACACCUGGUGUUAUCGAGAAGAAAAUGCACAAGUUGGACUCAAUGAUGAUGAAGAAUGUUCGUAGCGCUACCAUUAAUGCAGACUGCGUAUUGGUGGUUGUUGAUGCAUGCAAGCCGCCUGAAAAUAUUAAUGAAGUGCUGAAAGAAGGUGUAGGAGAGCUUAAAGAUAAUGUGCCCGUGUUGCUGGUUUUGAAUAAGAGAGAUCUCAUCAAACCUGGUGAAAUUGCAAAGAAACUUGAGUGGUAUGAGAAAUCUACCGAUGUAGAUGAAGUGAUUCCGGUGAGUGCAAAAUAUGGUCAUGGAGUUGAUGAUGUGAAGGACUGGAUUCUAUCAAAAAUUCCUCUUGGACCAGCAUAUUAUCCCAAGGACAUAACUAGUGAACAUCCUGAAAGAUUCUUCAUAGCUGAAAUUGUCAGAGAAAAGAUCUUCAUGCAAUUCCGUAAUGAAGUUCCUUACGCAUGUCAGGUGAAUGUGAUAAAUUACAAAGCCCGACCAGACGCAAAAGACUUCAUUCAAGUCGAGAUAGUUGUUGAAAAGAACACCCAGAAAAUCAUCCUCAUUGGAAAGGAUGGGAGGGCUCUAAAACUACUUGCAACAGCUUCAAGGCUUGACAUUGAAGAUUUCUUGCAGAAAAAAGUUUUCUUGGAGGUUGAAGUGAAGGUGAAAGAGAAUUGGAGACAAGAUGAAGGGCUACUCAAGUACUAUGGGUAUGGGGGCAAAAUUCAAGCUUUGUGAUACUCCAUCCCAAAUUAUGCAAAUAGGAGUUUAGAGUUUGAUGUUAACCUAGAUUUUGCUACCAUUUUCACACCUCCAUUCUUGUAAUCGACCUUCAAAAUUUUGAUCAAAGUAUAGGAAAAUGUUCAAUCAUGUAUGGGUGAAA